AAGGGUUUUGAGUUAACGCCGUCUGUUUUAUACACCCACCACCAAAGCCUCUCGUCGGAACGCAACCUUGUUCACUAUUCAGUUGCUUUCCUUUUCAGUUUCCACUGUACACAUUACACAAUACAGGGAGAGUUAGAGAGAGAAAGACUAUGGAUGUGUACUCAUGGUUUCGACGCAGUCUUUCAAGAUCCAAAAAGACUUCUUUACCCUCCACGAUCGAUCCCCAAGAUAAGCGACAAGAAGAUGAUGAACUGUUUGGAGUCACUGACCAAUUAAUCGAUUUCGUCAAGUCCUUUACUCUAGACACCUUCAAGACCUUCCCUCUCCUAGAUGAACAGGAAAGUAAUUUUGGUGAUGACAAUCCGACUACUUCUGGGAAUAUUCGGAAGGAUCUAUCUGAUUGGCAAGAACGACAUGCCACCAUUAUACUAUCUAGAGUCAAGGAUUUGUCACUACUUAGGCUUAGGUUAUGCCCUCGUCACUUGAAGGAGCGACAAUUUUGGAGAGUAUAUUUUACGCUUGUCAAGAGCUAUGUGGCUGAGUAUGAACUGCAUGCCAUACGACUUGCAAAACUCAAAGGGAUGACAGUGGAGAAUGAGAACUUAUCAGAUAGAGGUGCAUAUGAGGUUGAAAUGUCAGAGACAAAGCAAGUGACAGAUGUAGUGCCUUCAACUUCUUCGGACAAGGACUUGGAUUCUCUCGUGUGACAGUGGAAAUAGAAAUGAAUGAGCAGGGGUGCAAGUUGGGGACCAAAUGCAACCAAUGAUGACCUGCAACCAAAAUACUAACCAUUGGGGACCAAAUGAAACCAAAUUACCGACAUGUUUUGCAUGCCUCCCAAUCUAGUCAAUGUUUUUACUUGGCUAGUUUGUUGUCAUCUUCAUUAUUGGGGCCAUUUUGUACCCUUGAGGGGUGUUUUAAACUGAAUUACCCCAGUGAAUUUUAAUGAGGGUAAUUUUUCUAAAAUGGAAAUUUAUUGACACACAUGCAAGCUAUAACAAACAAGUUAGUUGA